AUGCAUCCAGCUCUCCUCAUCGACGAGAUCUUCCUUAUCAUCUGUCAGUAUCUAUCCGAUGACAAGACCUUGCUCAACAGCCUCGCCCGUAGUUGCAAACCGCUCUCAGACGUGGCACUCGACGAACUCUAUGCGCACAUCCACUCGCUUCAUCACCUGUUCAUGUGCCUCCCCAAAGAUUUGGUGCAAAUAGAACGCCAUGAGAUCAACUUCAAACGUCCCAUCCAAACCUCCGACUGGGCUAUCUUCCGCAGGUAUGCCUACCGUGUUCGAACGCUUGAGACGAGGCUCCACGACCCUGCCAACCUCCGCGUAGGAGAGAGUAUCUCCCUCGCAAUGCUUCGUGCCAAUGACACCCCUCUGCUUCCUUGCUUGCACACAUUACACUGGGAAUGGAAUCCCGCUUACAGGGCUCCGCUCGUCGAUAUCGUCCGCGUGCUCGUUGGACCAUCCCUGCGCGUUGUUUCCCUUAUUCAUAUUGGACUCUCUGAUCCUACAAUCAUACCGAUGCUCGUUGAAAGGAUGCCUGCUCUACACAGCCUAUCACUUAGCGGAUUCUCUAGCUUUCGAGGAGAAAUACUCAAUACACUUCAGUCAAUAUUAACCGAGAAUCUGCCAAGGUUUGCUGGACUAAUAACCUUUGCCUAUUUGGAUGGCCCUUACAUUGAGCCGCAGCUCAUGUCAGUUAUUUCUCAUCUUCCCAAGCUGGAAUGCCUCAGACUCUCCCAACCCUUGUACUACGACGAUCCCGCUACCAAUGUAUCUUUCACGCAAUUCUCAAAGCUCAGAUCUUUGUCCAUGCGCGGCAACGGCCAUGCUACGUCUUGGAACAAAUUCGUGGUCUCAUCCAAAGAUGGCUUCCCAUUUCUUGAAAGCCUCGACUUGACAUUUGAGAUCAACUUGAUUCCAUCUCGAUUGCAAGACAUUGCAUCAGCUCUCGCGUCAAGUCCUAUUUGUGAACUAAGCCUGCAUCCACCUUGCACUCUUCCUCUAGAUCAUGCGCUCACAGGGGACAUCUUCCUUCCAUUUACCCGCUUUACUCAAAUGCAGAAAGUGUAUCUUCAUUCCGAAGGCGAGAUGGCUAUCGACGACUCCCACAUUGCGACGCUGGCCACCGCGUGGCCUGACCUUCGUCAGCUGAUAAUGAUAGCAAACAAUGAGCAGAAACGUCUAACAUCGGGCGUUACAUUCAAAGGGCUCUGUACUUUACUCCGCGGCUGUCGUCAGCUACACACAUUCUGUCUUCCCCUCGACCUAGUUCAGGAGCCAUUGACGGACACCCCUGUGUCCGAGCUUCCGCGCAACUAUCUCAUCACGCGUAUGGACAUCUGGGGUUCGGCUGUUGCGGACACAGAUCACGUCGCCCGCUGCUUCUCGCAGAUGUUUCCGCGGCUCGAAAGAAUCUUUUGCAUCGACAAUCGUUGCGACAACAAGGCGUGGGCUACGUUCGAGAGGCUAGUGCGACUCGUCACAUUGCGAUGA